UACAAACUGUAUACUAUGAUUUAUAACUACACCACAAAGCCCGGCCCACCAAGGUGCACUGGGAGUUUUAACGCCCGGGAUCUGCGUUUCUCCCGCACAAUGAUCUAUGCUAUUGAGGAGAUCAAUAACAGCACAGAGCUUCUGCCCGAAAUCAAACUUGGAUAUCAGAUCUUUGAUUCGUGUGCUUCUGUGCCCAUGGCCGUGCACGUGGCAUUUCAGCUGGCAAAUGGACAGGACUCUGUGUUUUACAAAGGGAGCAACUGCUCACACUCCGGAGUUGUAAUGGGUGCAGUUGGAGAUUCUGGAUCGACACCAUCGAUUGGGAUGUUGCGCAUCAUCGGAUCUUUUAACAUUCCACUGGUUAGCCACUUUGCCACUUGUGCCUGCCUUUCAGAUAAAAAGCAGUUCCCGACUUUUUUCAGAACGAUUCCAAGUGAUCAUUACCAAGCUGAUGCCCUGGCCAAGAUGGUGAAACACUUUGGAUGGACUUGGAUAGGAGCCGUCCAUUCAGACUCAGAUUACGGAAUCAACGGCAUGGCGUCUUUUCUUGAUGCGGCACUGAGAGAGGGGAUCUGCGUGGAGUACAUUGAAUCCUACUUUCGGACUGACCCACGGAGCAAAAUCCAAAGAGUUGCAGAUGUUAUCCGUCGGUCAACUGCAAUUGUUGUUGUGGCAUUCACGGCCUCUGGUGAUAUGAGGGCAUUAUUGGAAGAGCUCGCUCUGGAUCCUCCUCCUCCUCGCCAGUGGAUUGGAAGUGAGGGCUGGGUCACUGACCCACAUUUGAUGAGCUUCAGUUUCUGUGCGGGAGCCAUUGGAGUUGCCAUUCAACAAUCUGUCAUCCCAGGACUGAGAGACUUCCUCUUGGAUCUCUCUCCCUCUGAAGUGGCUGCCUCCUCAGUGCUGACCGAGUUCUGGGAGGAUGCAUUCAACUGCAGCCUGACAAAAAGUUCUGAUCAACGAAACAAAGAAUGUGACGGAACAGAAAACAUUAAAAAACUCUCAAGCCCGUACACCGAAACGUCUCAGUUAAGAAUCACUAACAUGGUGUAUAAGGCUGUUUAUGCAAUAGCACAUGCCAUUCACAAUGCAGUGUGUCAUGAAACAAACGCAAUCACUAAGUGUCAAAAAAACAUCAAACUCGAGUCGAAACAGGUUUUUUCAGAGAUGAAGAAAGUCAACUUUUCCAGAAAUGGCUACCAGGUGUCAUUUGAUCCUAACGGUGAUCCUGUAGCUUUUUAUGAACUGGUCAACUGGCAAAAAAGUGAAAAUGGAGUUACCAAGCUGGCAAAAGUGGGAUACUAUGACGCAUCACUGCCUCAGGGCCAGCAGUUUAACGUUAACCAGAAUAUUAAAUGGCUGGAUGGUAGCACUGAAGUUCCAGUGUCAGUGUGUUCAGAGAGUUGUCCUCCAGGAACUCGUAGAGUGUUGCAGAAAGGAAAACCAAUCUGCUGCUAUGACUGUAUACCAUGUCCUGAAGGAGAGAUCAGUAACAUGACAGAUUCUCCUGAUUGCUUCCCAUGCCCCAGUGAGUUCUGGCCAAAUGCAAAGAGAGAUGCUUGUUUUCCCAAACCAGUGGAGUUUCUGACCUUCAAUGAAGUCUUGUCAAUCAUCCUGGCUGGAUUCUCUGUUGGUGGAGCCUUUCUGGCCAUCAUUACGUUAUUAAUUUUCUUCCAUCACAGAACAACUCCCAUUGUCAGAGCCAACAACUCUGAGCUGAGCUUCCUGCUGCUCUUCUCUCUGACUCUGUGUUUCUUAUGUUCAUUAACUUUCAUUGGAGCCCCCUCUGAGUGGUCCUGCAUGCUGCGCCACACAGCGUUUGGCAUCACAUUUGUUCUCUGUAUCUCCUGUGUUCUUGGCAAAACUAUAGUGGUUCUAAUGGCCUUUAAAGCUACACUUCCUGGUAGUAAUGCUAUGAAAUGGUUUGGUCCAACACAACAAAGAAUGACUGUAGUAUCUUUUACAUUUAUUCAAGUUAUAAUAUGUAUCAUCUGGUUGGUUGUGAGUCCUCCCUUCCCAGUGAAAAAUCUGACCACCUACAAGGAGAAGAUCAUCCUGGAAUGUGCUUUAGGCUCUGCUGUUGGUUUCUGGGCUGUGCUCGGCUACAUCGGCCUGCUGGCUGUGUUUUGCUUUGUGUUAGCUGUUCUAGCUCGGAAACUACCUGAUAAUUUCAACGAAGCCAAGAUGAUAACCUUCAGCAUGUUGAUAUUCUGUGCCGUCUGGAUCACCUUCAUCCCAGCUUAUGUCAGCUCUCCUGGAAAAUUUACUGUGGCUGUGGAGAUAUUUGCUAUUCUGGCCUCCAGUUUUGGACUCAUACUGUGUAUAUUUGCUCCAAAGUGUUAUAUUAUUUUGUUUCAGCCAGAGAAGAACACCAAGAAACAUUUAAUGAACAAAAACUAA